AUGAGUCACGCAGUCAACUAUGAAUAUUGAUUAUGCAUGGAUAAAGAGUUGUUUGGUAGUGAAAAUAGUUCAAUAAUAAGAAGCAUUACCGUCAACCUGGUACAUAUCAUGCAUGUGUAAGGUUAAACCAUCUAAGCAUUAUGUCUGUUUGCAGCAAUAAAACAUUUCAUAAAUACAUGAACGGUUAAACCACUCUUCUGUUAUGAUAUAAUCAGCCAGAUAUAACUCAGAGUGUCAGCCUGGACAGGAGAAAGCCAAGGAAUGGAAAUGUAACCAAAUAAAGCAGAGAUGGAGACGGAGACGCGUUCGCUGCCCUCUUCCUUAUAUGGUAACAGCGCGUGGAACGCAGGGGCGGGGCUGCAGAGGAAAAUGAGCGAGAGCGGAAAGCAAAAGGACCCUUCAGCUUUGAAGGAGGAGGGGAACAAUCUUUUCAAGGCAGGAGACCUGCAGGGCGCUGUCUGCUGUUACACCAAAGCCCUAAAGCUCAGUGAGAGCCAAGCAGAUAGUGCUGUUCUGUACCGCAACCGAUCCGCCUGCUACCUUAAACUGGAGGACUACAGCAAGGCAGAGGCUGAUGCUUCAAAAGCACUUGACACUGACCCCGGUGACGUCAAAGCCAGGUUUCGGAGGGCCCAGGCUUUUCAGAAACUUGGUCGGCUUGACCAGGCUUUCCUGGAUGCCCAGAGGUGCGCCCAGCUAGAACCUAAAAACAAAGCAUUCCAGGAUCUACUCCGACAGCUGGGAGCACAGAUCCAGCAAAAGUCAGCACAACUAAACUCCACGGAUGCUCGUGUGCAGCAGAUGUUCUCCCUGCUCUUAGAUACAUCUGCUAAAGACUCAGAUCGACAGAAGGCUGCCCAGAAUCUGGUGGUGUUAUCUCGAGACGAAGCGGGAGCUGAGCAGAUUUUCCGUAACGAUGGUGUGAAGCUAAUUCAGAAACUUCUUCAGUCAAAGCUGGAGGAGGUUGUUCUUUCUGCUCUCAGGACAUUAGUUGGGCUGUGCACAGGACAUCAGUCAAGAGCUAUGGCUAUAGUAAAUGAGUUGGGAAUGGAGCAGCUGUGUGCGGUAAUGGGAACAGCAGCCACCACUGUGUCUCUGGCCGCCUGCCACCUGCUGCAAGUGAUGUUUGAGGCUCUGACGGAGGGUAUGAAAAGAGAGAUCAGAGGGAAAGAUGAAGCCAUACUUCCUGAACCGUCCAAGGAGCUGCGUUCAAUGUUGCGCCACCUCUUGGAAAUGUUGCCUGCAUCUAAUGUGUCAGGGCCGGGAAGAGACAGCGCCAUCAACCUUCUUGUCAAACAAGUACCGCGCAAGUCCUUGAAAAACCCCGACAACUCCCUAACGUUAUGGGUGAUAGACCAAGGGCUAACGAAAAUCCUGCAGGUUGCCGGGACCGUCCCUGAGGUCUCAGAAGGACCGCCUCUCACAGACAACACUCACAUGAGCUGCUCUGUCUUGCUGAGCAAACUCUACGAUGACCUAAAUAGCGACAAAGAGAGGGACAACUUCCACAAACUGUGUGAAGAAUAUGUCCAGCAACACUUUAGCCGACUUGGCCUGGACGCCAAGCUGCGAGCCAUACAGACGGUCUCCGUGCUCCUCCAAGGGCCGAGCGACGUUGGCAACAGAACUCUGGAAAUGUCAGGAAUGAUGGACGCUGUGAUUUCUCUGUGCGCCUCCAAAGAUGUCACUCACCAGCAGGUAGCGGUGGAGGCUCUUAUUCAUGCUGCGGGCAAAGCCAAGAGAGCCUCCUUCAUCACAGCCAACGGCGUUGCCCUCCUCAAGGACCUCUACAAGAAGAGCGAGAAUGACAGGAUACGUGUGAGAGCCCUCGUGGGUUUGUGCAAGCUUGGAUCAGCAGGGGGGACAGAUUUCAGCAUGAAACAGUUUGCAGAGGGCUCCACGCUUAAGCUUGCCAAGCAGUGCAGGAAAUGGCUAUGUAAUGAAUCUCUGCCCCCAACCUCCCGCCGCUGGUCUGUAGAAGGUCUCGCCUACCUCACCUUUGAUGCUGAUGUGAAGGAAGACUUGGUGGAAGACAAGAAUGCUCUCUUGGCCAUGUUUGAACUAGCAAAGUCUGAGGACAAGACUGUGCUCUUUGCUGUGGGCUCCACAUUAGUGAAUUGCACCAACAGCUAUGAAGUGGAGAAGCCAGACCCUCAAAUGGUGGAGCUGGCCAAGUAUGCAAAGCAGCAUGUGCCUGAGGAACACCCUAAGGAUGCACCUUCCUAUGUGGAAAAAAGGCUGGGGAAGCUACUGGAGGCUGGUGUGGUGUCUGCAUUGGUGUGUAUGGUCAAACAGGAGAGCCCUGCCCUCACCGAGGCUUGUAAGGAGUGCAUUGCCAGGGUGUUCUUGGCUGUGGUGGAACGCCAGGAAGACAGAGGGACAGUGGUGGCACAGGGUGGAGGAAAGGCUCUGAUCCCACUUACAUCUGACAACACAAAUGUAGGAAAAAUCAAGGCUGCACAAGCCCUGGCAAAAAUAACCAUCACAUCCAACCCAGAGAUUGCCUUUCCGGGAGAACGGAUCUAUGAGGUGGUGCGCCCCCUUGUCAGUCUCCUGAGUCUUGAGUGCACCCUGCUGCAGAACUUCGAGGCACUGAUGGCUCUCACCAACCUGGCCGGCAUCAGCGAACGACUCAGGCAAAAGAUCAUAAAAGAGGAAGCUGUUCCAAAGAUUGAAGGUUACAUGUUUGAGGAGCACGAACUGGUCCGAGCUUCUUCCACAGAGUGCAUGUGCAAUAUGAUUUUAAGUACAGAGGUGCAGAAACGGUAUCUGGCCACAGGGAAUGAUCGGCUGAAGCUGCUCGUGCUUUACAGCGGGGAGGAGGACGAGAGGCUACGGAAAGCUGCAGCAGGAAGUCUGGCCAUGCUGACCGCUGAACAGCCUGAGAUCUGCGCCCGCAUCCCUGAAACUACAACCCACUGGCUAGAGAUUUUGCAAGCAUUGCUGCUAUGCGAAAUAUCCGACCUACGUCAUCGCGGAGCGGUCAUCGUCCACAAUAUGAUUCAGGCGGAGAAGAGUCUGGCUGAGACGCUCAUGGAGAGUGAAGCUCUGGAGAUUCUUUCUGUCCUUGCAAAGGGAGGAGAGGGCACUUCAGAUCCUGUCUCCAAGGUAGCUCAGAACUGUCUGGAUAAAGCCAUGGAGUACGGUAUCAUCAAAAGCAGGGAAGGAAAGGAAAAGAGCGAAGGAACUGAACCCUGAAAACACAUCUGCAGUGUGUAGAUGUGCCUUUCAGCAGGAUUUAAGUGCUUUGUGUCAUUUCAGUUUUUCAAGAAAUGGUUUCUUAAAAUGUGUCUUAACUAAAACAUGAGAAAAGCAAUAAGGAAUUGAAUGAAGAACGGUAUUAAAUGACAACCAGCAGAUAUUCACACAAGUAUUUUCCACAUAUGAGUUUGAACUGCUGCUUCACACUGCACGCUAAGGAUUGUGAAUUUUCUGAAUGUCUGCAUUCCCCACUUGGAGAUACUUCUAUAUACACUACCAGUCAAAAGUUUGGACACACCCUCUCAUUCAAUUCAAUGAGAAAGUGUGUCAAAACAUUUGACUGGUAGUUUAUAUUCUUUACAUUUUCCUUAAAGAGCGACAUUCCUUUAAUCAAAUGUUUUUAUUUGCUCCUUUAUAAUUACUACAAUUUGAUUGCCCUAUUUUUUUAUAUUACACACUACCAAUUCCAAAACAAAACAAACAAACAAAAACAUUUCAUUCACAUUAUCAUGUGUUUUUGGCUGUAUGCCAUCAGUAUCAUUGAAACACCACUACAUUCCCGGUGUGCUACGUGUAUGGUUUAUUUUGUUUUUAUAUAAUUACCACUGUACACGUGGAAAAUAAAUAAAACUUAUGAUUAAAACUUAA